UUCGAAUUACGAUCUAUUCAACUUGAGCUUAAGAACGUGGUUUUCUUCGUUCAAUGUUUGUUAUUGACACGUGACGAAUUUUGUAUGAUUAAAUUUUUAUAUUUUUGUAUUUCAAACAUAAUACAUACAAAAUGCCGAAAGUGCGUACGCAAAAAACAACUCGUGUUCAUAAAGAAGUCCAGAAACAGGGAAUUUUAUUUAAUACGGACAUUGGACAGCAUAUUUUAAAAAAUCCGCUUGUUAUUCAAAGUAUGGUUGAAAAGGCUGCAGUUAGACCAACAGAUGUUGUAUUAGAAAUAGGUCCAGGUACUGGUAAUAUGACAGUAAAAUUACUGGACAAAGCUAAGAAAGUAAUAGCAUGUGAAUUGGAUACUAGAAUGGUAGCCGAGUUACAGAAACGUGUACAAGGUACACCUUAUCAGUCAAAAUUGCAAAUCAUGAUAGGUGAUAUUUUAAAGACAGAUUUACCAUUUUUUGAUUUAUGCGUUGCCAAUAUACCAUAUCAAAUAUCAUCACCUUUAGUAUUCAAAUUACUUUUACACAGGCCAUUGUUCAGAUGUGCCGUGCUUAUGUUUCAAAGAGAAUUUGCUGAACGUUUAGUAGCAAAACCAGGGGAUAAAUUAUAUUGUCGUUUAAGUAUAAAUACGCAGUUGUUAGCACGAGUGGACUUGCUUAUGAAAGUAGGGAAAAAUAAUUUUAGACCACCACCAAAAGUUGAAUCAAAUGUAGUUCGAAUAGAACCACGCAAUCCACCACCUCCAAUUAAUUAUCAAGAGUGGGAUGGUUUAACACGAAUUGCAUUUGUUCGAAAAAAUAAAACUCUUUCAGCAGUAUUUAAACAAACCACAGUCUUAACAAUGUUAGAAAAAAAUUACAAGCUUCAUUGUAGCUUAAAUAAUAAGGAACUUCCCGAGGGAUUUUACAUCAAGGAUAUGGUAAAUGAUAUUUUGCAAAAAGCAGAUGCUGAAAAUAAACGUGCAAGAACUAUGGAUAUAGAUGAUUUUAUCAGCCUUUUACAUGCGUUUAACGCGCAAGGAGUGCAUUUUACAUAAUUUAAAAUAUGAAAAAUGUGAAAAAGCUGUGUAUAUGGUGUAAAAAAAAAUAUAAUUUUUUGAAUAAUU